CCGGCUUUACAUUCUUGGAGGCUGCAGAGUUGAGACUAGUACCUCUCAGUUCAGCGAGCGAUAUACCCCGAACCGGUUGCCAUGGACGCGGGGGAUGAUGGAGCAGAAUCAUCGCCCUCUCUCAAACUCGACGAACUCAUUCCUCCUCGCCUCGAAGACGCAGGCCUCGAAGACUGCGCACUACCUCUCGAAUCCAUCCAGCUAGCAUUCCUCAAAGCGGCGGCCGCCGCCGACGGAUCCGACGCUCCCGAAGGCGACGAUCGCCUCGACGGCCCACGCCCCUUAGCCAAGGGCGACUCCAAUGUCGUAGCUGGGGCUCUGUCCGAGCCUGACGACCCCGCGGAUGACGCGGCGGGUCCUUGUUGGCGAUGUUGUGGAGGCAAGGUGGAGGCGAACACGGACGAGGUGAAGGAUUCGCCGGUGCAGGAAAUGCAGAAAUUGGAGAUCGGGGAGAGUGGGACAGAUUUGAAAUCUUAGCGAUAAGGCAAAAUGGGCUUGUCAUGGUGCUGCAUUUGUGGAACUUGUCCUUCUCGAUGAAGCAUUUUGAAUCGUUUUUGUAAGUGAGAAAAGUUCUGCCCCGUGUUGUUGUCCCGUUCCGUUUUUCCCCUCCUAUGUAUUUUGUGAUCAAUCCAUUGAGUCAAUAAUUUACAUGUUAGGUAGAAAAGGAAGGCCUGAUGAAGAUUGGUAAUGGAUUUCAUAAUGGUAAUUGGUGAUUAAGGCAUUACUUGAUCAUUAGUCCUCUCUUUUAAUUGAAUUAGCAGGUGGUGCAAUUUUAUAUCCAGAAAUGGAAUUCUAGCA